GUCCGUGCCUAUAAUAUUGUAGGGAGACUAAUAAAGGAGGUGUGUAUUUUGGUUUGGGCCUGUACUUUGUCAGAUGUCUUUCACCAGGCAUUAAGUAAGCGCUGUUGGACUCUACCGGAGUGGACUCAAUUAGUUUCCACGCAGGAGGAGAGACGGAAAAUUUUGACCUGUUAUGCAUCAGAGAGGAAAAAUUGAGGUGAAACACUGGACUCACAGCUUAAAAACAAAAAUAGAUUUAACCAGAAGAAGCUUUACGCUUUAAAUGUCUGCAGUGACUUAUGUCCUGGUUCCCUGAAGAAGCUAGGUCAAUUUUGCAACAAGAGAUACCAUAUUUGGUUUUCUUGGAGCUUGCAUCAGUUGGUUGCAUAAUUGCAUAAUUCCUGAGUGGAAGAAUUGCCGUUGCAAAGAAAAAUAAGGUCCAGCGUUUGUCCAGCAGAAAGAGGGAUUCUUGCAAAGCACGGAAACCAGGCAUCGCAGAACAGGUUUGCCCAGGUCUCUUCGAGACCCGAGCAGGAACCUAAGAAUAAAAUCUGUUUUUGUCUAGUCAGUUAUAAUUGCGGCAGAGUAAGUGGGACCCGAGGUCAACGGGCACCCCGCCUACAGUUUGGAGCUGCUGACUUCACGGAUCAAUAAUUUGCAUUGUGGAUAUUAAGUGCAGCGGUUCUUGGGGGCGGGGCUAGCCUGCUGGCGGACGCAACCAGCAACGGUUCUCAGGUCUCCUCCCCAACCCCCACUAGCUCUGCCCACCUUUCUGUCUCUCCGCCCUCCGACUGAACAUCCAGAAUUGGGGUGAGAGGAAGCAACUUGCGCUCAAGAACAACACCAGUACCCUUCUACGUGAUCUGCACCUUUAAACUCACUCGGUCCCAAACCGGACCCCGGAGGCACCACCCACAUCCGUCUAACAUCACUUCCUUAAAGGCUAGAAAAAAAAAAUCUGGGAACGCGAGGUGUAGGGUUGAGCCGCACUUGGAGAACAGCGCGGACUAUCUGCUAGGACUCCGGCCCUGCGUCUGCUGAGCCCAGUGGCGCCCGCGCACUUACCGCCAUGGAGCCGCGGCCUUGUCUCGGGGCCACCUGUUUGUUGGGCUUCAGUUUCCUGCUCCUGGUCACCUCUUCUGAUGGACAUACUGGGCUUGGAAAGGGUUUUGGAGAUCACAUUCAUUGGAGGACACUAGAAGAUGGAAAGAGAGAAGCAGCCGCCAGCAACAAGAGGUCCUUUAAGAGUCGAGGGAAACCGGAAGUGCCGUUUGCUUUCCGCUUUGCGUCAGACGCCGACAACCCGGAAGUUGAUGCUCGCGAUUGCACAUGGCAGCGCCCUGGAAAGAUGCCUCUCGUGGUGUUUUGUGGGUUGCCGUACAGCGGCAAGAGUCAACGCGCGGAAGAGCUUCGUGGGGUGUUGGCGGCUGAGGGUCGCGCCGUGUAUGUGGUAAAUGACGCGGCUGUGCUGGGCGCGGAGGACGCGACAGUGUACGGCGAUUCCGCCCGUGAGAAGGCGUUGCGUGGGGCCUUGCGAGCCGCGGUGGAGCGGCGCCUGAGUCGUCACGAUGUGGUUAUCCUCGACUCACUUAACUACAUAAAGGGCUUCCGCUACGAGCUCUACUGCCUGGCGCGGGCGGCACGCACCCCUCUCUGCCUGGUCUACUGCGUACGGCCAGGCGGUCUGAGCCGGGGACCUCGGGUGGCGGACGCGGAGGAUAACUGGAGCCGGAACGUCAGUGUGAGUCGGCAGCCGCUCAUUGAGGAAGAAGGGAGACCUCUGGCAGCCGGCACCCGUGUCCUCAGGGAAGCGCAAACAGUGGACUCUGUAUUAAAUGGGAGCGCCGGGGCAGACGUACCUAAGGAACUGGAGCAGGAGGAGGAAACCAGGGCUCCAGAUCUUCGAGCUCUCGUGCCUCCGGAAUUCGAGAAAUCUGCAAAACAUGUGUCCAGUGCCUUUUACCCGACCGAACUUCUGGAGGCCCUAACGCUCCGGUUCGAGGCUCCUGACUCUCGGAACCGCUGGGACCGGCCGCUCUUCACCUUGGUAGGCUUAGAGGAGCCAUUGCCUCUGGCAGAGAUCCGUGCUGCCCUAUUUGAGAACCGGGCUCCUCCACCCCACCAGUCUACACAGUCCCAGCCCCUUGCCUCCGGUAGCUUUCUGCACCAGUUGGAUCAGGUCACUAGCCAGGUAUUGGCGGGACUAAUGGAAGCGCAGAAGAGUGCAGUCCCUGGAGACUUGCUUAAGCUUCCCGGCACCACGGAGCACCUUCGGUUUACCCGGGCAUUGACCAUGGCCGAACUGAGUCGCCUCCGACGCCAGUUUAUUUCCUACACCAAAAUGCAUCCCAACAAUGAGAACCUGCCUCAGCUGGCCAACAUGUUUCUGCAGUAUCUGAGCCAGAGUCUACACUAACUUGAGAGUAAGGAGGAAAGUCAUGGUUCCUUAUCUAACCUCCCUUGGACUGUAUUUCUCUGGGAAUAAUAAUCUUGAAUGUCUGCAGAAUAUAAUGAUGUGUGAUACUAGAGCUAUUGUGACUGAUUUACUUACACUUUCCUGAAUGCUCCUGUGCCAGGCCAUGAGUUUACAGCAUAAAUUGAGACUAGAGAGAAUAAACUAGCUGUAGGAUCUUGGCAGAUUUCUCCAGAAGACAGAGGUCAGGUGGACAGCGCUUGCUUAGAUUGGGUUCUACUUGGAAUAUCACACACCAUUGAUUUCCCACAUCUGAAUUGUUGGAGACCAGACUGGAUGGAUGAAUUGUUUUAAAACAAUUGUGAACAGAAACUGAAGAUGGCACACUUCUGCAUUUGCAUUGGCCCUUCUUUCAUACCACAAAUAGUUUGUUUUGAAUAUUGGAGCUAAAUUUUUUGCUAUUCUCUAUCCUGGGGCCUGGGAUCACAGAAAAAUCCACUGGUUUCUGUCCUUAGGAAGCUUUGAUUCUAGUGGAAGUGGAAGACAUAACCACUAGAUCAUAUAAUCUAAUAAAAUCUUUUAGAAGAAGAA